AUAAACUCAUUGUUGGUGUUAGCUCUUAUCGGUCAUCCAUCAUGGCGAGAUGCCUCAAGUCCUGCAGUGUACAUGGACUCUGGCUGCUCUCCAUGAUCCUUCUUGCAUCGUGUGUCGUUCAUGCUCACAUUAUUAAUGGGCGGCAAAGCAACACCGGGAGCCUCACUAUGACCACGACGGGGGAAGCAAGCAUGAUAAUUGGAGAUGAGAAAGAUGCAAUUUGCUAUAUAAAAGCCGCAUUGUAUUGCUGCAAAAGGACUAUACAGUGCUAUCAGGACAUAGCGCAAUGCUUGAGGAACUGCCGUAAAAAUGUCUAACAAGAGGCUAUGCUUUCUCCAACUCGUAGAUGGAGAUCAUAAAGAUGUUACGUUAGACCUAAUCAUGCAUAGACCGGAGGAGAAAUAUAAGCUAAUUAGCCCAUCCAUAAUUAAUAACUUCGUAUUGUUUCAAAAGCUAUAA